ACGUUACACCGGGGAUGUCUGUCAGAUAAGUUGUUAGCCUGGCGUUUGCUAGAUGCUGACAUUAUGCUAACCUCAUAAUGUAACGGAGGAUGCCAGCGCCGAUCCGACUGCGGGAGCUGAUCCGGACCAUCCGGACCGCUCGGACCCAGGCAGAAGAGCGUGAGAUGAUCCAGAAAGAGUGUGCUGCCAUACGCUCAUCUUUCAGAGAGGAAGACAACACUUACCGAUGUAGAAAUGUAGCUAAGCUACUCUAUAUGCACAUGCUAGGCUACCCAGCACACUUUGGGCAGCUGGAGUGUCUGAAGUUGAUUGCGUCCCAGAAGUUCACUGACAAGCGGAUUGGGUACUUAGGAGCCAUGCUGUUGUUGGACGAGAGGCAGGAUGUCCAUCUACUAAUGACAAACUGCAUCAAGAAUGAUCUAAAUCACAGCACGCAGUACGUCCAGGGCCUGGCCUUGUGUACCCUGGGCUGCAUGGGCUCAUCAGAGAUGUGUCGGGACCUGGCUGGGGAAGUGGAAAAACUUCUGAAAACAUCCAACUCCUACCUGAGGAAAAAGGCGGCAUUGUGUGCAGUUCACGUCAUAAGGAAAGUCCCGGAGCUGAUGGAGAUGUUCCUCCCAGCUACAAAAAACCUGCUGAGCGAGAAGAACCAUGGUGUUCUCCAUACUUCUGUUGUCCUCCUCACUGAGAUGUGUGAAAGAAGUCCUGACAUGCUGUCACACUUCAGAAAGAAUGAGAAGUUGGUUCCACAGCUGGUGAGAAUCCUGAAGAACCUGAUCAUGUCAGGAUAUUCCCCUGAGCAUGAUGUAUCUGGCAUUAGUGACCCCUUCCUCCAGGUGCGGAUAUUAAGAUUGCUGCGAAUUCUGGGAAGGAGUGAUGAUGACUCAAGUGAAGCAAUGAAUGACAUUCUUGCACAGGUUGCAACCAACACUGAGACAAGUAAAAAUGUCGGCAAUGCAAUCCUCUAUGAGACAGUACUGACCAUAAUGGACAUCAAAUCAGAAAGUGGAUUGAGGGUGUUGGCCAUCAACAUACUGGGACGCUUUCUUCUUAACAAUGACAAAAAUAUUAGAUAUGUGGCAUUGACAUCCCUACUCAAGACUGUACAGACGGACCACAAUGCAGUGCAGAGACAUCGGAGCACAAUUGUGGACUGUCUAAAAGACCUGGAUGUGUCCAUCAAGAGGCGUGCAAUGGAGCUAAGCUUUGCCUUGGUGAAUGGGAAUAACAUAAGAGGAAUGAUGAAGGAACUGCUCUACUUCCUGGACUCCUGUGACCCAGAAUUCAAAGCAGACUGUGCGUCUGGAGUCUUCCUGGCUGCGGAGAAGUAUGCUCCUUCAAAACGAUGGCACAUAGACACUAUCAUGAGAGUCCUGACAACGGCUGGGAGCUAUGUCCGAGACGAUUCUGUCCCCAACCUCAUCCAGCUCAUCACCAACAGUGUGGAGAUGCACGCCUACACGGUGCAGAGACUCUACAAAGCCCUGCUGGAUGACAUCUCACAGCAACCAUUGGUGCAGGUGUCGUCCUGGUGCAUAGGAGAGUAUGGAGACCUGCUGGUGUCUGGACAGUGUGAGGAGGAGGAGCCCAUCCAGGUGACCGAGGAUGAAGUAUUGGAUGUUUUGGAAGGGCUUCUUCUAUCCAACUUAUCCACCCCUGUGACCAGGGGUUACUCGCUCACUGCCAUCAUGAAGCUGUCUACGCGCUUCAGCAGUGUCAACCGAAUCAAGAAGGUGGUGUCAGUAUAUGGCAGCAGCAUUGAUGUGGAGCUGCAACAGAGAGCUGUGGAGUACAAUGCACUCUUCAAGAAAUAUGAUCACAUGAGGCCUGCCUUACUAGAACGAAUGCCCAUCAUGGAGAAAACCGCCUCCAAUGGCCCAACAGAGAUUGUUCAGACUAAUGGGGAGACAGAGCCAUCAGUGCCGGACACAAAACACCCGCCCCUAGUCACCCAGCCAGCCAACCAGGCUAAUGAUUUAUUAGAUCUGCUGGGUGGUAAUGAUGUGGUACCUGUGAUCCAGACCACCUUGCCCACCAAGCCAGCCUCAGCUGGAGGGGAGCUGCUCGACCUACUGGGGGACCUCUCUCUAUCUGGUGGUCCUGCCCCUGCUCCUGUCCCCUCUGUGCCUGUUUCCCAGCCCCCCUUCCUCCUGGAUGGCCUCUCCUCGCAGCCCCUGUUUACUGAUAUUGCAGCAGUGAUUCCCCCCAUGACAGCAUACAAUAAGAACGGCCUGAAAAUUGAGUUCACCUUUGAAAGAGCCAACCCAAAUCCCAACAUAGCAGUCAUCACCAUCCACGCCACCAACACCACUGAGGCUGACAUGACAGAGUUUGUUUUCCAGGCUGCAGUACCAAAGACAUUCCAGCUGCAGCUCUUGUCUCCUAGCAGUAAUAUAGUCCCAGCACUCAACCAGGGAAGCAUCACACAGAUCAUCAGAGUUCUUAACCCACAGAAGCAACAACUGCGCAUGAGGGUCAAGCUGACAUACACCCACAAAGGCUUGCCUGUCCAGGAUCUGGCCGAGGUCAACAACUUUCCCCCUCAGUCUUGGCAGUGAUGGCCGUGCCCUAUUGCUCUUAACGACCCCGCAAAGGGAACUGUGGGAAAGAUUGUCCCCUCCCUUACCCUGACUGAUCCUCCGGUGACAUCACUGCAGACCGCUGCCCCUGGGCUGCAUUGGAAGCAGCAGAAUCUCUUACACACACACACACACAAAAAGAUGGUAUGAAGACUCGAUGACAACAAUGACAAUGUAGACGUCACCAGAAAUAUCUGGAAACAUCCAUUUUGUAACCCUCCUUUAGGUUGAUUGGUUUCACCUCAGUCUGUUCUAUAGUUGGCACAGUUCCACCCCCUCACACCGCGAUGCACGUAUGCCCACAUUGCACCUGCUGCUGUGCGCCCCGCCUCUCUAAGCCACCGUAGAAAAGAGCUGUUGGCACUGAGCACUUGUUUAAUCCAUCGAUUUUCCUUUCGUGUCAUGUUUUUAAUCUUCAAGUAAUUUAACAUGUAGGUUAUUUUAAGCAAUGUUGACGCCAGAAUGAAAUCCAUCUUAGUUGUAUGAAAUUUGCACUCCAUUCACCACCUUCCAAAAUACUCUUUUCAAAUUGGGUUUAAGAACCUGGGAGUAUUGUGGCUCUCAGUAAUUAAUCUAGUUUGGUAUCCAAUGUGAAUAUAACGCAUUACAAACAUCUCCAGUACUACAGUCCAAAUGCAUGGCCUCAGGUUGCAAUAAAAAGGUUUGCAUUAUUGUUCAGCUGUAUGGGUCCUGCUGUUCUACUUCGAUUCAUUUUGGCAGCAGUAAACUUUCCUGAGACCCAGAACACUUGUGAAUUUUCAGGUUUACUUCAUUUGACCUUCUAACUCAUGAGUGAUUUAAAGGCAGGAUACAUUUUGUCAUUUUAAAUUACAUCCACUUUCUCUACUGAAGUCAAUUUGUGAGAUGUUUGAAUCUCUAUCAUUUGGUUGGGCCAAACAUACCUCUCAGCAAAGUUGAGGUACUGUAAAUCAAGUGUAUUUCAUAGUAGGAAGUGCAUGGGUUUUUUGAGUUGGUAAACACACUGUAUGGUUCAAUGUUGGUUCGUUUGGUCAGAUUGGUAGCCACGAUACCAUCCUAUUUUGUAAACUUAUUUUUGAGAUUAAAUCUAGAUGCUUGUUUCUGCUGUGUUUGACAGUGUUUUCUUGGCAGCCAUUAUCACCCAUUUGGCCUCUGCUAGAUGGGUACCAUUUACAGUGACACUUGGUUGCUUAAUUCAGGAUGCAAUGUUAAAUUAAUGGUUAAUUGCUGAGAUCAAGUUUGUUACUGACCCGAUAUGAAACAUUGGAUACAAGUGCCGGUCUGAAACACCUCAGUUUUGGGCAAAUCCUAAAGUUGAGAUUUAUGAAUGCAUUAUCUUUGGAAUUAUUUAAUAUUCUAUUAAUCUGAAGAAACGUGGAUUAUCAAUACACCACACCUUUGGUUGGUCAAAACGUCUGUACCAUUAGACUUAAUCUGGUUGGAUAUAGCCAGCGCAGACAACAUGCAUGUAAAUGAAGUCUAUUUUGAAUGUAGUUAUAUGCACUGAAUGCUCUUUCAUUUCAGUCUUUCUGUGGGUCUCCUGGGGGCUGACGGCCAUUUGGUUGGCUCAGUUGUUUGUCUGAAUUUUGUAGUAUUCUUUUUUUUUUUUGCAGUGAUUUGACUUAAACAUUUAUGCCUGAUAUCAUUGUGAUGUGCCUUUCAACCUAGCCAGAUGAUUCCCUGAACUGGGGUGAUCUGGCACCUUGGUGUGUUUGUGUCAGGUUGGAUUGGGUGCUUAUUGGGAUUGUUGCCUGACUGAACAGUUAGACCGGUAAGAAGGGAAGAGUUCAAGAGCGUUUCCUUUUAUUUGAAUGACAUUUCACUCUGAGUUUUUUGAGCAUUUUGUAGUGGAUUAUCAGUGGAGCUUGUGGACUGUUGGUGUUAUUCCUUGGCUGUCAUAGUUUUCCAAAUCAGAAUGCAGACCAAGCUGUUGGAGACAUUAACCCAAUUACCUCACAAUGUUUUAUCUUCCUGUUCCUAUCAACAUUACACUACCUGGACUGCUGUAUUUAGUCUUCUAAAUGAUCUGCAAUCAAGGGGGCACCUGUAGACCUCUCGUUACUAACAAGCUUAGCUACCCCAUGAUGCAGUGUCCAGAUGUUCAAUCAGGCGUUAUGCUUACUGAUAUUCACUAUGCCACAUUAUAUUUCUAACCUUUGUGACCAAAUCAGAGAUGCUAUUUAGCUCUGGAAAUAUUUUUCAGUGACUAUGUGUAUAUGGAGAAAAUUAUUCAGUUCUAGAUCACUUUUUUUUCUGUGGAAUAAAUGCUUUGUUGGCUUUUUCUGUACAUAUUGAAGGCUUUUAAGAUUAGUAAGUUGUCCUAUCCUUCAUCUCUUGUUUUUUUUUUUGUCUUUUCUUUUUAUAUACCCACAACCAUUUUCUAAGACUUAAAGUGACUUAGUGUUUAUUGUUUCAGUAGGUCUUAGUCAGGAUCCUAAUCAUAUACUUCCUUGUUUCAUCAGUCAUUGCAAAAUGGAUUAUCUGCUGCCUGUACAUUGUAUAUACUUGUAAAAUGAAACAAAAGAGGAUCAAAUGAAAUAAAAACCCAUUUGAAGACUUAUACAGAUUAGCUAGGGACUGUAAUUGUACACAUUUAUGUAAAAUCCUGAAAAGAUGCAAUUGAGCUGCAUAUUUACUAUUCUGUUCAUGUUCUUCAAGAUUGGUUGUAUCUUUUUUUUGCUGUGUGGGUGAGCAGGCUGCUAUUGGUUCUUAUUGUUGUCGACUGAAGGUUUGUCUGGGCAGAGCUGGUGUCUGAGUGCUGUCCUGUACUACUGAGGGCUCUGUGACCCGGGCACACAGUGACUGAUGUGGCACCUUGUCUGUGUCUGUGGUCUUCUGAACAGCUUCAUCUGUUUCAUGUACUCCUUCGACAGUAGCCAGCCUGUUGCCAAGACAGUGUAAUGCCUAAACCUGGCCUGUAAUGUGCUUUUAAUAUUUUGCCCUCCCCCGCAAAAGUAAUUGGGUGUGGUUUAUGCUGUCAGACAUGCAAGCUAAUGUGUGAAUGGAUGGAUGACCUGAAGUGUGCAGGGUCUCCUUGUAAGAGUGAAUAGGUCCCCUUUUAAUUCACUUUUCCAUAAGGAAUUUGCAGGGGGAGUUUUCCUGACCUGUAGAUUAUGCCUCCCCCAUUCAUACAGAAUCUGACCUCCCCAUGUAAGGUGUGUUGGAUUUCAGACAUGCGAAAGGACAGUUUCUUUGAAAUGUUGAGUGAGGUAGUAUGAUUCUGUCAAGCCAACCUUUAACUGUAGAUUGGGGAGUGGUUGUUGAGUGUUCUGUCAGGCUGUGAGCUGUUGGAUUUGUGGGAUAUGAUCAAGGGAAUUGAGGUUGAGUGAACUGGAACUGUUUACUAUUGGGUACCAUUGUUUUUGUUCAUUGCCAUAGCUGCCGCUGAGUCACCCACCUGCCGUUCCCUUAGUGAUCUGGUUAAGGGAGUCCUCACUCAUGAUGACUGCAUUAAGGAUAUAUAUUUUAUUUUUUUACCUGCUCAUAGUGAAUAGGUCCGGUUCUGUAACAGGAAAUCAUCCCUUAUGGCACUUUUCCAUACAGGAGUUUCCUGAAAAGCUACACGGUUCUUCUGUUUACAUUGACGCAAGAUGUUACCUGUCUGUAAAUGUCCGAUGGCACUGGCAGACGCGGUCGCUUGAGGCCUAAGUCAAGCCACUUGGACUACUGCAUAAUCUAAAGUAACUGUUUAGAUUAUCCAGGGGCUGUUGAUUCUGCUCUUUACACAUCCUCUCUGCUGCCCUGCUUUGGAAACAGUUUCCCCUGUAUAACAGAACAGUCAACAGAGUACCCUGGUGUUACGGUCCAAAAGAAGCAUCAGAUGAAUGUCCUGUUGACUGAAAUCCCAUUCAAACAAUUUCAAAAUCACAACUUAAGUAUGAGGCUGAUCUCUCAACAAUGACUGUAUUGCCUUUUGGUGUGCACAUUUAUUUCAGAGGACCUGUGAUAUAUUAAAUACAGUGCUGCUUUGCCUGUCCUUGAGAGAUAGAAACAUACAUCCCAGAGCGGAAGGCUGCAUGUUCGCUGUGAUGUGAGCUAUUUUUCCACAAGGGGGAGUUGGUCAAGAUGGAAUGCUGUAGGGAAGGGGAAAGAAAUGAUCAUUUGUACCUUUUCUUUUGAAUAAUGUUUUAAUUUUUUCUAUUGCGUCAGUUUAUCCAUCUGUCAAUCAUAUUUAAUCAGUUCCUGCUUUUAAGGCUACAGUGCUCCAUAUAAUUUUAAAUGUCACAUGCAUCUUAGGUGAAAUCCUAUCAUUUUGGAUACUGCCUAAAAAGCAGAAGAGAAAAGGAAAGAAACCUUCAAAGUUCUGAGCAGCAAUAGAAGCUGGUUGUGUGUGUGAGCGUGCUUGCGUGUUUGGACUGGCAUGUCAUGCUAAACUCAACUGGUAUUGCAUUACAUUGGCUGCAAUGAUUUCAAUUCUCAGCUUCUGAGCUGCAUGUGAGAACCAAUGUAAAUAUUGUCAUUUCUACUCUUUAUGUAAUCCUGUUUUUGAAAUGCAAGGUUAUUUAACAAGUCCACCACACCAUGUUGUUGGGUUGUACAUUUGGAAAUCUUCAGUUAAAGCACAAAAUUAAAAAAAUAGAAACAUUGAUGGGGAGGGGUUAAGUGCACAGCACCUGUCAGUGUUUGGGGUUUUUACUCCUAUAAUUGGUCAGGCACAUCUGUAUAAAUGUUUAAAAGGAACAUAUUACUUUAGCCACGAUUAUCCUUUUCCCUGUAAAAUCUAAAAUAAGGCGUCCAUUGUAGUUUCGAAAGAGAAUCUGUAUAUGUAACCUUCAGAUGUAUCCUGACUAUACAACAUAUCUGAUUUGAGAUGUGGGGGGGGGGCAGCAACAUUUUAUGAUCUUCACUUUUUUCCAGACAAUUUUGACAUGUUGAGCUGAAUCAUAAUACCAUGUCUUCAAGGUGGGUGUGAAUGUCGAACUGAAUAUGAAUAACAAUGAUGUUAAUGAUUCUGAUGAUUAAAUAUGAGCGGCUGUAAACUACUACAUGGGAUAUUUUAGACUUAUGCUGUGUAUUAUUGUCUUUGGGUUGGAGAAUAUGAUGAUCAAGAGAAUAAUAAAAAGUCAAACAUAA